AGGGAGAACUUUAACUGGCAUUCAAAGCACAGGAAAAGGGGUGUUUUCUCAACACUUUGACCUACCUACAGCCAAAUUUCAACAGCAGGAACCUCAGCGCCUACACCCGCAUUUCCUGCAUUUUCCACUGGAGCUCAGUGGGGUAGUAUGUUUCAAAGUUCAGGAGCACAUACGAACACACACAGUACGGCUGCUUCGACUUGUGCUUCAUUCAUAAAACAAGGAAGCACUUUAGUAUUGUUUUAUGACCAGUUUAUGACAAGAGGGAGCUUUGCUAAAUCAUGUAAAAGCAGAGACAUAGAUAGCACGAGCAAAUUGAGAGCACGAGGGAACUAGAGCGAGAAAAUAUUGUCUCUGUGUUGGCUUCACUGAGCUGUAGACAGAGAGGCAAAGAGAACAAUGUGGAAAGCAGGAGUGUUUGUGUUCUUGCUGCUAAACACGGAUGUGGAGGUCAACGGUGCUGUAAAUAAGGCAAGAGGAUCUGUGGCAGAAAAGACUGACAGCAUUCCUGCAACUCAGAAUGAUUCUUCACCUUUCUUGGGCAACUUGCUGGUGGUACCUAUGGAUGGGAGUCACUGGAUUGGUAUAAAGGCCAUUUCUCAAGAAAUGGGUCGUCGUGGACACCGGGUCACUGUUGUGAUACCGGAGCUCAACAUGAGGAUGGGCCCAGGGGAGCACUACGACACUCUGACCUAUCCUGUUCCAUAUGAACAGGCAUUCAUUGAUUCUGUGUUGUCCACACACAAAGACAUCAUGAACAAAUCCGCACAGUCUUUCAUGGAGAAGAUAAGGAAACGGUUUUCACAGAUCCAGAAAAUCACUGGCCUAAUCCAUACCACUGCAGAGAGCCUGCUUUUCAAUGCCAGUCUCAUCUCGCAUUUGGCACAGCAGGGUUAUGAUGCCGUCCUGACAGACCCCAUGGUGCCCACAGGCUCAUUGAUAGCUCGGAAAUUAGGUCUUCCUACUGUUAAUUUGCUGAGGGGCAUUCCAUGUUCCUUGGAUAUGGCAUCUGCAGGCUGUCCCUCCCCACCCUCAUACGUGCCUCGCUUCUUCACUUCAUACACAGAUAGAAUGAGCUUCAAGCAGAGGGUUUUCAACACUUUGGUGGCUGCACUGGAGCCACUGAUGUGCCGCCUGCUGUAUUGGCACUUUGACCACAUAGCCUAUCAGUUCCUGGGAGAGGAAGUGGGCAUAGCUGAAGUUCUGUCAGACUCUGAUAUCUGGCUGCUUAGGAAUGACUUCACACUGGAGUUCCCACGCCCCCUGAUGCCUAAUGUAGUACUGGUUGGUGGCAUCAACUGCAACGUGAGAAAUCCUCUGCCUGAGGACUUGGAUUCCUGGGUGUCAGGAGAGCAUGGCUUUGUAGUGUUCACUCUGGGCAGCAUGGUGUCAGAUCUACCAGAAGAGACAACCUCUGUCUUCCUGGAGGCCUUCAGACAGAUUCCACAGAAGGUGAUAUGGAGAUACACCGGGCUUGUUCCUGACAACGUACCAGAAAAUGUGAAGAUGAUGAAAUGGGUGCCUCAGAAUGAUCUUCUAGCACAUCCUGGAGCUCGGGCUUUCAUCACGCAUGCUGGCUCACAUGGCCUUUUUGAAGGCCUGUGUCAUGCUGUUCCCAUGGUGAUGUUGCCACUUAACGGGGAUCAGCCUGACAAUGCCCAGAGGUUGGCAAGCAGGGGAGUAGGAGUCGUGUUGGAUAUUUUUUCUAUCACUACAGAAACCCUUCUUUGGGGGCUGAAUGAGGUCAUCGGUGAUAUCAGUUAUAAAGAGAAUGCGCAGAAGCUGUCAGCUCUUCAUAAGGACCGGCCUGUUGACCCACUCGACCUCUCAGUGUACUGGACAGAAUUUGUGAUGCAGCACAAAGGGGCAAAACAUCUCAGACCUGCUCUCCAUGACCUCAACUGGUUCCAGUACCUUUCCUUGGAUGUAAUAGCGCUGCUGGUGACUGUAGUGCUGAUUUUCGUAACACUGACUGUAAAAUGCUUAAAACUAUGCUUGCGGAAACUGAGCAAGAAGAGGAAACGAGACUAACCUGGUGUCAGGAAGAUGAAAUUAAUGACUACAGGUGUAUUUGUUUGUUAAAACACAGCAUUAACAUGGAAACACCAUUUUAAAAUGAAUUAAAGUAGUUAUGUUGUACUACA